AUGGCGAAAGCGCAAUACGACUAUAUACUCGCGGCGGCGAACCAGUGCCACGGCAUUAACAGCCGAACAGACGGGAGAAUCAAGGCGGCGACGGACCUAACAUGCAAGGAAGCGUUCCGCGCCAUAGACGAGCUGAAAAUAAACACCGGCUGCCCAGUAUGGUCCGACGCCAAGUGCCGUCGAAUACCCGGAGACGAGUUCUACGAAUGCAGCGUCAAUGUGCCAAACCCGUGCGGUAUCGUCCCGCAAACACCGCGGACCAUUAUCGAGUGCGCGCCGACCCUGGCAGAGGGGUCCGACGAAGACAGACCCCCGUCCGGAUCAACCGCGUUGAGAGGGGCAGACAAGGGUAAGGGUAAAGCGCCUGUCCAAGAAAAAGCUAAGAAACGCAGGACUGACAGUGGAGACGGCUCAAGCAGAGCAAAUCCAUUUUCAAUCGGGGGCUCUUCACAGGCUGCAGGAUUUUCAUACGCGAGAGGCUUUCCAUACGCUGGGGGUGAUCCACACACUGGGGGUGCUCCAUACGCUGGGGGUGCUCCAUACGCUCGAGGUUCCUCGUACCCUGGAGGAUCAUACCCUGGAGGUUCUUCAUAUCCUGGAGGUUCUUCAUACCCUGGAGGUUCUGCACCUCAGGGAUAUUCCCGUCCAAGAACUCCUCAGCAUACCGCGCUUUCGGAUCCUACCGAAAAUCCUACUUUCAAUAUGGAUGAUUUCUUCAGGACCGAUCCCUCAUUGGAUUCAAUUUUUGGAACUUCAGCACCUGCAACUCGUCCUCCCAGUCCACCCCCUGGACACAUUACAGAUGAAUCAUUCGAUGUAAGGGAAAUGUUAGAUCCUUCGUUUGGUCAAAAUGCACCUUAUAUCAUCCCGCGAUUUCCCGCAAGUCCUCCAAUUCCGUCAAGUCCACUAAUUCCCGCAAGUCCACUAAUUCCCCCGAGUCCACGAAGUCCCUCACGUCCACGAGGGCCCCCAAGUCCACGAAUCCCCCAAAGUCCACAAUUUCCCCAAAGUCCUCUAAUGCCCUCAAGUCCACUAAACCCCCCAAGUCCACUAUUUUCCACAAGUCCGCAACUUCCCGCAAGUCCACGAUACCCUGCAAUUUCAACAAUCACUGCACCUCCAGGAUACACUCAGGAUGAACCAUUCAGCGGGGAGGAGUAUUUGAACGAUGAAGCAUUCUCCGAAUUCGGUUCUCCGCCUAGGAGUCCCUCAGGAGUUGAGGAUGAAGGUGGAGAGCAAGACACCCCGGCGUGGACGUGUCCCGAACUCGAUUGUGGAAAGACAUUCACAAAUAAAUCGACGAUAAAAGUUCAUAAAUGGAGACACGAAAAGCUUAACAAAGAGUAUACUACCUGCAGAUUAUGUGGUGAUACACUGGCCAAUAUGGAUCGCUUCAAAGGUCAUAUCAGGAUGCACUUCAGAAGUGAGUCCGGCGAUCCUCUGCUGAAUUUUUUCUGUGGGGAUCGGUCCACCUUUUAUUUAACCUAUGAUACCAGGGUAUUCUACGAAGGAUCAGAGGAAGGUUAUAUUCGUAUCCAAGGUCCCUAG